CACAGCAGGAAGCUUUGAAUGGAGGAGUAGUUUACCUGGUACAACUCUGACUGUCACAGAUCUCCAGGUUCAGGUGAUCAGAUCAACAGUCUACAAGAAUUAUACUGAGGCAGAGCUGCUUUGUCACAGCAGCUGUCGUCUACCUGAUCGUCCUUCCUACGUCUGGUUCAAGAAUGGACAGAAAAUGGAAAGCGUGGAGACAUCUUCUUAUAAAGAUCAGUUUUAUCCCAGAGACAUCAUCUCCUGUGCUCUUAAAGGACGUGAGGAUUUCCCCUCUCCUUCAGUGUAUGCUCCAAAGCUUCCCUCUGUGUCAGUGAGUCCCUCUGCUGAGAUAGUGGAGGGCAGUUCAGUGACUCUGACCUGCAGCAGUGAUGCUAACCCAGCAGCUAAAUACACCUGGUACAAGGAGAACCAAACACUGAUUCAGGGACCAGAGACAUUUAUCAUUUCACCUCUAUCAGCUCUAAGGACAGCGGGAUCUACCACUGCAAGGUUGAGAAUGAGUAUGGCCAGAUCAACUCCACAUCUGUAUCCAUAGAUGUCCAGUGUAAGUACAAAACAUCAGCAAAGCGCUUCCACAUACAAUGUGUUUAAUUACAGAUAGUGAAUGUUAAUGUGAGUUUAUGAGCUCGUUAACGUUAUCAUGUUCUAAAGUAGCAUCACAGGGGUUUAAAGGAUCAUUUCAGAUUAUUUAAUGCUAACUUAUAAUAUAGUCACAUGCCAUUUGUACGUUAAAAUAGUUUUUGGUCACUAAUCAUUCCUCCUGGUGAAGAAGAGAUACCUUCGUAGAGCAACAUGCAUUUCAGAGUUCACAUGUAGCGAA